AUGAUCAAGAACUACAUCGUUUUCUUAGCCAUCGUCUGCGCAAUCUCCAUCGCAGAAGCAUGGCGCACCACUCGAAGGAAGGCGAAUGGUAUGCCACUUCCACCUGGACCGCGCCUGCUGCCAUUCGUAGGAAAUGCCCUUGACAUUGAUACAGCUCGUCCAUGGUUAACUUACGCUAAGUGGGGAAAGCAGUAUGGUGACAUUGUAUACACGCGCUUCCUUGGUCAACACUUCGUCGUAAUCAACUCCGAGCAUGUUGCACGGACCGUUGUGGACAGACGCUCGGCGAUAUAUUCUGACCGUCCCCACAUCGCUACGAACGAGUAUUUUGGAUUGUCAUUCAACACUGCCCUCAUGCCAUACGGUGAUACAUUUCGGAUGCACCGCAAACUUUACCAUCAGGUCCUGCGUAUCGAAGCAUCGAAUUCAUACCAGGAUCUGUAUCUCCGUAAGGCUCACGAACUCGUUGCUAAUCUUUUGGAUGCCCCCAAAGAUAUGCAAGGACACCUCAACACACUUUCGGCGUCCCUCGUAAUGGCAGUCACGUAUGGAUACGAGACCAAGCCAAGAGAUGACCCCUUCGUAACCUCCGUUCAGAAGGUCAUUAGGAUAAUCACUCAUGUCCUAACACCUGAAAAAGCAGCCAUAAUGAUGCUUUUCCCUUUUCUGAAUCGGCUUCCGUCCUUUAUUCCAGGUGGAAAGUACAAGAAGCAAGCCCCAGAGUGCCGUAUACUGGUCAAGGAAGUCAUGGAAAAGCCCUUUGAAUAUGUCAAAAAACAAAUGGCGGAGGGGGUAGCCCGUCCAUCUAUGGUAUCAGACUUCCUAAGCCAGGGGGACGAAAGUCAUGUCCGUGCCCAUGAACAGUCGAUGAAGGAGGUUGCUGCAACUGCAUACAUUGCCGGAUCUGAAACGACCUCAUCAACUAUAAACAUGUUGCUACUGGCGUUACUUCUCUAUCCGGAAGUUCAGACUCGCGCGAGAGCGGAAAUUGAUGCAGUAUGCGGAAGCGACAGAAUUCCAACAUUCCAUGAUAGGAAUUCACUCCCGUACAUAGAGGCUAUCUGUCGUGAAAUCCUCAGAUGGGAGCCCGUUGUACCCCUCAGCAUUCCGCAUGCAACUUCAUGCGAUGAUUUUUAUAAUGGCUUCUUCAUUCCCAAAGGUCAUCGCUUGCUACUGAUCAUAUUCCUCAAACGGAUUCAUAGGUACCGUGGAAAUUUAUCACAACCCAUCACAUUUGAUCCUGGUCGACACUUGACUGCAGACGGAGAGUUGAAAGAUGAGCCCACAUACAGUCAUUUCAGUUUUGGAUUUGGAAGGAGAAUUUGUCCAGGUCGUUUCUUCGCGGACAACGCCUUAUGGGCGUCUGUCGUGUCAAUUUUGUCAACCGUCGAGAUCGCAAACGCGAAAGACGAGGAUGGCAAGGACAUUGACGUCAAGCCGGAAUUCACGAGUGGUCUUGCGAUGUUGGUUCUUUCUUUGCUUAUAUGUAUCUCAGAGGAUCUGACGCGCAACAGCCACCCUAAAGAUUUUCCGUGCUCCAUACGGAGUAUAUCUUUAGCUAGGGAAGAGCAGAUGCGAAUGAUGUGGAAGGCUGAUCUAGUCGAUGGUCAGUGA